AUGGUCAUCGGCACAAUCUUAGGCCACCGCCGCGGCCACAUGUGGUUGUGCAUCCAGCACGACCACCUCUGCAACAAACCCACCCUCCUCCUCAAGCUCUCGGUCUCGACCCACCAAACCCGCCCAGCUCGAUUCGUCAAAUACCCAGCUUCUGAUAAGCUCCAUUUGUUCUUUGGCGGCGACGAUGCCGUUGUCAAGUACUGGGACGUCACCGGCGAGACUCCGAUUUCUGACUUGCUGGACCACAAGGACUACCUGCGGUGCGGGGGUGAAAUUUGGGUGUCGAAAAUGGUUGAAUAUGGAGCAUUUGAAGGUGGGUGUUGGGGGAUUUUACAGAGGGAAGUGGGUUUUGGGAAAUUGAAUAGGAGUAGGAGGGUGCGGGGGAAGAGGGAGGGGGAUGAAGAAGGUGGAGGAGCGGUAGGAGAAGCUGGAAGUGGAGGAGGUGAAGCCGGAAGCAGAAGAGAAGCUGGAAGUGGAGGAGGCGAAGGCGGGUGGGAUUUGGGUUUGGGUUUGGGGAAGACGGGAGGGGGAAGAAAGGGUGAGGGGAUAAGGGAUGGAUUGGGUCUUAGCAAUAAUCGUUUUGGAGGAGAAGUCCCAAAAUCCAUAGCCAACCUUUCAACCCAACUACAAGUUCUUGCUAUGGGGGGAAAUUUGUUACAUGGAAGCCUCCCAAACGGCAUUGGAAAUCUUAUCAACCUUAUCAUUCUAGAGGUGUCUGGUAACUAUUUGACGGGUGUUGUCCCUGAAGAAAUCGGGAAGCUCGAGAAGAUAGGGCAACUAUACUUGGGUGGUAACAAAUUUUUCGAGCCAAUUCCAUUGUCCCUUGGUAAUAUGACUUCAUUGAUAGAGCUCGGCAUGGAGAGAAACAGUUUUGAGGGAAGUAUACCUCCAAGUCUUGGAAACUGCCCGAACCUGUUAUUGCUUUCACUUCAUAAUAACAAUCUAACGAGCAGCAAACCUAAAAAGCUUAUGGAGCUUUCAACCCUUUCAAUUUCUUUGGACCUGUCUAAUAAUUUUUUGACUGGUUCACUGCCAAGUGAAGUGGGGGAUUUGGUGCAUCUCACACAACUAGAUGUAUCAAACAACAAGUUAUCAGGUGAUAUCCCCAGCACCCUCGGCGGUUGUGCUAGUUUGGAGCGCUUGUACUUGGACGACAACAAAUUUAAAGGAACAAUUCCUCAGUCAUUGAAAGAUUUAAAGGGCUUGGAAGAACUUGACAUUUCAAGCAAUAAUUUAUCGGGGCAGAUUCUUAAAUUCAUAGGCAAGCUUGGAGCUCUUAAGUAUCUUGAUCUUUCGUAUAAUGAUUUUGAGGGCGAGUUGCCUAAAGAAGAAAUUUUUUCAAAUUUCAGUGCUAUCUCAGUUCUUGGAAAUCAUAGGCUCUGUGAUGGCAUCCCACAAUUACAUCUACCUGCAUGCCCUGAAAAUAAACACCAUUCAUCACGUGGACUACUUUCCCCAAAAGUAGUCAUCCCUAUAUCUUGUGCACUUGCAUUCAUAAUUGCUCUAUCAUGCUUCUUCAGUGCUCGUUCAAUGCUGAAAAAGUCAAGAGAAGGACUUGUAACUUCACGUUCUUAUAAGGAUUGGAAAUUAGGUGUUUCCUACUCACAACUUGUUGAAUCAACUAAUGGUUUCUCGGUGGAUAAUUUGAUUGGUUCGGGAAGUUUUGGUUCUGUUUAUAAAGGGGUAAUUCCUAGCGAUGGAACGGUAGUUGCUGUUAAGGUAUUAAACCUUCAACAACAAGGAGCGUCCAAGAGUUUCAAUGAUGAAUGCAAAGCUUUAAGAAGUGUCAGGCACAGAAAUCUUCUCAAGAUCAUAACUGCAUGCUCGAGCAUUGAUAAUCAUGGUAGAGACUUCAAAAGUCUAGUCUUCGAGUUCAUGCCAAAUGGAAGUCUUGACUCGUGGUUGCAUCCUAGAGAUGAGGAGCAAUCUCCAAGUAAGAGAUUGAAUUUUAUGCAAAGAUUGAACAUAGCCAUUGAUGUUGCUUCUGUGUUAGAUUACCUCCACAACCAUUGUGAAACGUCCAUUGUUCAUUGUGAUCUAAAGCCGAGCAUUGUACUUCUUGAUGAAGACAUGGUAGCCCGUGUUGGGGACUUUGGUUUAGCAAGGUUUCUCUUGGAAGCAUCAAAUGAUCCUUCCCUCAGUCAAACAAUGUCAUCGCAACUAAAAGGUUCUAUAGGUUACAUUCUUCUAGGUAUGAGUUUCCAUCAUUCUAAUUUAUUUUUUCGGUUCUUAAUUAUUAACUUAUUACUAAAAACCAAUUAAUUAAAUUCUAUUUAUUAAAGAUAUACUAUUGACUCUUUUUCUGGAAACAAGUAACAUUAAUCUGAAAUAAGAUAUCAAUUUUAAUAGUCAAUUGCAUGUGACAUCUUAUUAUCUAUAUGUAUGUCAUGGCAGAGUAUGGCAUGGGAGGCCAAGUUUCCAUACAGGGAGAUGUUUACAGCUACGGGAUACUUUUGCUAGAAAUGUUCACAGGAAAAACACCUACUGAUGACAUGUUCAUCGAAGGUCUAAGCAUUUACAAAUUCGCAGCCAUGGCUUUGCCCGACCAUGUCAUGGACGUUGUUGAUCCUUCAUUGCUCCUCAACCUCAAAGCUGAUGGUAGUGUUAACGAUGACAGAUACGAAAUGACUGCACUACCCAGACGUAACAAUCGCGGAAUGGUGAAAGCAAAAAAGGUAGAGGAAUGCUUGUUUGCUGUGAUGCAUAUAGGACUUUCCUGCUGUGCAGUAUCACCAGAGGAACGGAUGCUUCUGAAUAUGGUUGUUGGAAAAAUGAGUGCAAUUAGAGACUUGUACCUCAAAGUUCAAGAAGGCUAAAGAAUGGCAAAGAUAUGCUGCUUGUGGUUUUUCUUUUCUUGUUUUUCUCUACCUUUCCUGCCAUCGCUUUGAACCUUGCCUCUUUUAUGUUAGCGGUUGUUUUAUAGGGACGAAGUUUUCAUUUGUAUGACUUGAAGCUUUCAAAAUCUUAUUUGUGUGGAGCUA